GGCUCAGCGUGGGUGUUCUCUGCCGUGGCUGGCCCAGCUGGGCUGAGUGCUUGCACGACCGGCUGACGGAGUUGCUAACGCCCGAGCUUGGCAGAACUUUUUUCUGGUAGCCACUUUCACCGGUUUCCGGGUUGCAUUAGUGUCCUUCACCGACCCCUAAGAUGACGACGAAUAGAAGUGGAGCAUGGCGGACACCUCCUAGCUCAAAGAGAGUCUGUACCCUCCAACAAUUUCAUGCCGUCAUAUGGAUCACAGUUUUGGGAACAACAUGCGCCCCUGCUUUUGGUGAAGCGGUCAAGACGCACGCUGUCGAAAAAACUGAGCAAGACGAGAAACUGCAUAAUUCUCUGGAAGUUCCUCUUCGAGCUGUCGGUAGUUCGCUGGGUAGUGACCAUGUCGCAGAACUGGUUGAAGUAAAUGGACGCCUUGAUAAUAUUGCCAACGACGUCGAAUUAUCAAAUACAGAACUGGCGGUCAGCGAUGAUGUAAUUGACGAAAACGGUGAUGACACCAGUGAGCGUGGCCUUGUCAAGAAACUGAAGAAAUGGAAGAAGAAAGCGAGUCAUGCCCUCGGUGAUACCGCAAAGGCUAUUGGCAUCAGUAAGAUGGUGGGAGCUGCUGCAGGGGCAAUAGGAUAAUACGUGUGUCCGCUUAGUGGUACUAAACAUACUAGCAUCCUUAAGGAGCCGGAGCAUCUACUUUGCGCAUGACUUACCAAUAACAGCAAUUGCAAAACCACCUAUAAUAAACAAAUAUUGUUGUAU